CUUCCUGCAGGUCAUAGUCUAGACCAUCCAAUAGUUAUUUCUACUGGGAGGUCAAAAUGGCCCUCCGUGCUUGCUCCUCGUCUCUGGUUGCCCGGAGUGCUGCGCGCUCCGUGCAGCCUUUCCGCCCCGCGGCCGUUCGCCCUGCUCGCAUUGCGCCCGUGGCUCGCAAGACUGCCACCGUCGUCUGCAGCGCCGCCACCGACGCCCCUGCUGCCCCUGUUGCUGAGGCCGUGGUUGGCGAGGUGAAGUCCGGCGUGGCCCACCUCAAGUUCCAGCGUGGGUCGGCGGACAAGAUCCGCCGUGUGCUGGACGUGAUUCGCGGCCGCUCUUACGAGGAGGCUCUGGUGCUCUGCGAGUACAUGCCCUACCGCGCGUGCGAGAAGAUCAUCAAGUGCCUGAUGUCGGCCGCUGCCAACGCCAAGCACAACAAGGGUGCCCUGAAGACCAAGCUGGUCGUCAGCGAGUGCUUUGCCGAUGAGGGCCCCGUCCUGAAGCGUGCCCGCCCGCGGGCUCAGGGUCGCGCUAACCUCAUCAUGAAGCCGACCUUCCACAUGACCAUCCGCGUUGAGGAGCGCGCUCAGUAAGCGCAGUGCGCGCUUGCGGGGGCCACGGAGCAGGCGGAGCGGCGGUCAGCGUGGGAGCCGUCAGUCAGACAGGUGGCUAGCUCGUUGCAGCAGCGCGCCAGGCUAUCGCAAGGCCGUAAUGGAGCCCGCUUGGAGCUUGGCGAUGUAGCAACACUAGCAGCGAGCAGCCGUCUGCCGGACAGCUGGCGGAUAGCAGUGGUGUGGUGGAGGAAAGGGGGUCAGCAGGCCCGCCGGCCCGGGGCAACUGGUCAGACCCGGCCCGUUUUAUAUCUGGGGGCGGGGCAGUCGCCACGGUGCCGGUGGCGCACCUUGGUGUCUCAGGCGGGCCUUGCUAUCCCCGGCAGCAGGAGCAGUUGGGGGCGGCUUGCGCGGGAUGCAGAUGGUGCUACGCUCGCAGUCGCCUGCAGCUAGUGCUGCUCAGGGAGAAUGGAGGCGCGCGGGCGUGUGUUGGAAUGGGCGGUGGAGCGCUACGCGUGUGCGGAGGCAGAGGGCAACGUGCCGGAGUCCAUGUGCACCGCCGCUGCAGCAUGCGGUGUCACGUCAGUCACGGCUGGGAGGGCCUUGACGGCGAGACCUUGGAAUGCGGCACGCUUUACGUGGGUCGGCAUCCGCCGGAAGCUGGCCAGCACAGCAGCACAGCUCGUUCCCAGGCGUGGGCGGUCGAGCCCAACCCUCGGUCAAUUUUUGGUUUGGGCGGCCGCCGAGGCGCUGUGUACGCGUGCGGGCUGGAUAGGAACCGGUGCGGUUGCGGCAGCGAGAUGGCGCGGAUUGCAGGAGCGGCCUGCAGCGCUUUUCGCCUGCCUGCCAGGGUUGUAGAUAUUGAUUAGCAUGCAGGCGGCAGAGCUCGCGACAUUAGGGUCGGAGUUCUGCCGUAGAGACAGAGGAGUGCAUUUCGAACGUGACGAUGCGGUGCCUGGUACUGGAGGGAGAGGCUGCUGCUGGUCUUGGAGUGCGGGUCGGACGUGUGGGAGUCAGGGAGUUUUGCGGGGACACGCAAGUUUCUGAAGGCGGUGAUGUGUAAAUCAACAAACCGUGCCUUGCAAGUUGCGACUUGUGGAUCAGGCUCAUUCCGGCCCUUGCGCCAGAGCAGCAUACCGGACGCAGUACCAGACUUGCGGUUUCCCGUGUCUAACGAGUCACAGGCCUGCCCUUGCAACGUCAGCAUCCGUGGUGUGCACGGCGAAGGGAAGCUACUUGCCGCGGCCGUGUGCAGAGUCUGCGGUGUAAACCUAGGGAACUCCC